AUGUCUGACGACGAAGUUAUACGCUUUGAGAUUACAGACUAUGAUCUAGAUAACGAAUUUAAUCCUAAUAGGAGUAGGAAAGCUAAGAGGGAACAGCAAAUCUACGGUGUUUGGGCAAAAGAUAGUGAUGAAGAAGAUAAUGAAGACAAUGUCAGACAAAGAACUCGUAAACCGAAGGACUACUCGGCACCUAUCGGUUUUGUGGCCGGAGGAGUACAGCAAGCAGGCAAGAAAAAAGAAGAAAAGAAAGAAUUGGCUCCGAAAGAGGCAUCAGUAUCUAAAAAGUUCACGGACAGUUCAGAUGAAGAUGAAGUUAAUAAUCCUGAUGAGAGUGAAACAGCUGGGAUUAGGCGAGCUGGCCAAGGGAUGAGGCCUCCAAGCCUUGGAGGUAAUGUUGGUUCAUGGGAGAAGCACACUAAAGGAAUUGGAGCUAAGCUUUUAUUGCAGAUGGGUUACCAACCUGGAAAAGGUUUGGGCAAAAGUCUCCAGGGUAUAUCUGCACCAGUUGAAGCCACUUUGAGAAAAGGUAGGGGAGCUAUUGGUGCUUAUGGACCGGAGAAAGCUGCUCAAAAAGCUAAGAAAGAAGAGGAGAAACGACUAAAAGAAAAGGCAGAGCAGGAUAAAGGAACUGCAGAAAAAACAUAUAAUUGGAAGAAAUCUCACAAAGGGCGAUACUUCUAUAAGGAUGCAGCUGAUGUCAUACAAGAGGGUAAACCCACCAUGCACACUAUAAGCAGUAAUGAGCUAUCCAGAGUACCAGUAAUAGAUUUGACUGGGAGAGAAAAGCGAGUUCUUAGUGGUUAUCACGCGCUGCGUGCCGCCGCACCUCGGUACGAACAUGAGCCCAGACGGGACUGUACCAACUUUGCACUACCAGCUCUUGCGCACAAUCUCCAACUUAUGGUUGAGUGUUGCGAACAGGACAUUAUCCAAAACGCAAGGGAACUGCAGCAGGCCGAAGACGAGAUAGUUGUCCUCGAGAGAGACUUAGACGAGAGCAAUGCGAAGCUGCAUGAGCAAGACCAAGUUAUAAACCAAGUCCAGAACAUCCUGAUGAAGGUGGAAACGUUGAACAAGGCCGACGUGUCCUUAGAAACGGCUUUUGAAGUGCUAACUGAUUUGAAGGAAACGUCUCCAAUUGAAUUCGAAAUGUUUGGUCUUGGCGCGAUUGGUGCAAAUAUUAUAAGUCCGAUGUUCAGCGCCAUGCUAGCGAAAUGGGAGCCUCUUCAAAACCCGGAUGAGCCCGUGGAAACGUUCCUAAAAUGGAAGCCCUUGUUGCCAGAAGAUUCUUACAACGCGUUGCUAUGGCAACACUUUAUGCCCAGCGUCACUGCUGCAGUUGACAUAUGGAACCCACGUACACCGGACCCCAUGCUCCGUAUAUUCGAGUGUUGGGUGGAAGUGUCUCCUGGCUGGCUGCUCACAAAUUGUGCUGCUAAAUGUGUGACACCGAGAUUGCUAGCAGCCGUACGAGCUUGGGACCCAACGAGCGACACUCAGCCCUUACAUGAAUGGGUGCUGCCUUGGCAUCCAUUAGCCGGUGAAGCCCUGAACGCUAGCGUCUACCCUCUGAUCCGGUCGCGUUUAGCUAGCGCGCUCUCCGCUUGGCAUCCCGCAGACGCGUCCGCUCGUCCGCUCCUAGCGGUUUGGAAGAACGCUUGGGGCAGUGCGCUAACUGCACUGCUGCAUCAUCACAUUGUUCCCAAACUAGAACAUUGCUUACAGCAUGCGCCUUUGGAACUUGUUGGCAGAGAGAAUACCGCGUGGCUGUGGUGCGUGGAAUGGGUCGAUCUUAUAGGAGCGCCAACAAUAGCGGCGUUAGCUGGGCGUGCCCUUCUCCCGCGCUGGCUCGCUGCUCUAGCGGCGUGGCUUAACACUGCGCCUGCGCACUCUACUGUGCUAACUUCAUAUACCGAUUUUAAGAAAAUGUUUCCGGCCGAUGUGCUCAAAGAGCCGGUGGUUCGCGACGCAUUCAGAAAAGCUCUAGACAUGAUGAACAGGAGCACGGAUAUGGAUGCAGUAGAACCGCCACCACCACCACCCCGGUUCACCAUGCCAGACACCAAGGAAUCUUCUAGAAUAGCGGAUGUCCUAGCCAGCACAGCACAGAAAAGCUUUUCCGAAUUGCUUGAGAGUCGUUGCAUAGAAAAGGGCAUAACGUUUGUGCCGAUACCGGGAAAGACAAGGGAAGGUAGACCGAUCUACAAAAUUGCUGAGCUGCAGUGCUACGUUAUUCGCAAUAUUGUUAUGUACUCGAACGAUGGGGGGAGAAAUUUUGCACCGAUAAGUAUGGAGAAAUUGUUGAAAAUGGUCGAAGAAUAA